UGCAAAUCGAAACUAGACGGGGCUUUCUGAGCAUUUCCUGGGACCAGCCCAGCACAGUCCAUCCCCGGAGGACUGCAGCUCCAGCGGCACUCGGCAGGCUCGGCGUCGACGUGAGCCAUGGCGCUCCUGUGGCUUCUCUGGCCGUGGCUGCUGGCCUCGGGGAUGCAAGGAACCAGAGGUGAUUAUGUCCUCGACCUCUCCGGGGAGCUGCCUGGAGCCCUGGCUCAGAUCUUCAACAGCCAGCAGGACUGUGACCUGUUCAUCCUGGUGAGGGGGCAGGUAGAGCUCCACUUCUGCGCCCACCGGCUGAUCCUGGCUGCCAACCCCGAGGCCCAGGCCCUGUGGGGGGAGCCGGGCCCGAACAUCACCAUGAGCGUGGACUCCGAGUGUGCGCCCUACAUGGAGGACCUCAUCAGGUACUUCUACUCCCGGAGGAUCGAGGUCUCCCUGUCAUCCGUCAAGUGCUUCCACAAGUUGGCCUCUGCCUUUGGGGCCACUGAGCUGCAGGCCUACUGUGGACAGCUCUUCGCCACCUUCCUCCCCGAGGACCCGUCCUUCCACAAGGCCGUGGAUCUCUACGCCUAUGCGCAGGCCUCCGGGGACCCUGUGCUGGAGGAGCUGUGUGUGCAGUUCCUGGCCUGGAACUUGGAGAACCUGACCCAGGCCGAGGUCUGGACAAGCAUCCCCCAAUCCUUACUGGAGGCCCUGCUCCCCAGGAGCGAGCUGGCCGUGUCCAGCGAGCUGGCCCUGCUGCAGGCCGUAGAUGUGUGGAGCCGGGAGCAGGGAGCCUCCCCGGGGGACGUGGAGGGCCUGGUGGAGCACAUCCGGUUCCCCAUGAUGGCGCCCGAGGACCUCUUUGAGCUGCAGUACACGCUGCCCCUGUACCAGAGGCAUGAGGUGCUGUUCCAGAGCAAGAUCCUGCAGGCUCUGGAGUUCCACACGGUGCCGCUGCCGCUGCUGCUCCGGCACUACGGCCUCAACCUCACCUCCGAGGCCUACAUGCCCCGCGCCUACACCGCCGCCAACUGGAGCGCAUCUGUCACCAACGGUUCCUGGGCCGCACAUGCCCAGUGGGACUAUCCUUCCAGAGCUCCAUUUGUCUACAGAAAACAACUGGGCUACAGAUACAGCUAUCUCUCUUCUCCCUACCAGUCCUUCCGGACCCCCCUGCACCCCAGCUUUCUCUUCCGGGACCAACUGGUCUCCUGGUCUCUCGUCUACCUGGGACGGAUGCAAGACUGCUGGAACUAUGGCUUCUCCUGCACCUCCGAAGAGCUCCCGGCCCUGGGCCUCACGCGCUCGGGUGCCUGGGACCCCACCAUCGGCUACGACAACAAGGCCCUCAUGCUCUGCGACGGGGAUCUCGUGGUGGAUGUGGCCGACUUCCAGGGCUCCAAGGCCUCCAUCCCCAGCGCCCUGGACACCAACAGCUCCAGGAAAGCUUCAUCCUUCCCCUGUGCCUCGGGGUCAUUCAGCAGCUACCAAGUGGUCAUCCGCCCCUUCUACCUCAUCAACUCCACAGGCCUAGAGUAGAUGGUGACCCGAGGUGGGGGGGGGGGGGCGCCAGGAGAGGUGCGGGGAGCCUCCCUCUCCUUCCGCAGCCACCUCCCCCACCAGCCACUAGGUGUCCCCCUGCUCCCAUCCCUCUCCCUGAGCUUACAGAAAUUACUAGAAAGUUUGUGCUGGUUUUCGGGGACCUCCGGGGUGCAGCCUGUGCUACCCCCAUUGCUGCUCCCGGUCAUUAAAAUCUCGUUGCCCUUC